AUGUCAGAGGAGGACCCGUUAGUAAAUGGAGUACCAAUUUCUUCACUGCGAGUUGUUGAUUUAAGAGACGAAUUGGACAAGCGGGGACUUUCUAAGAUUGGUAACAAGUCCACUCUCACUGAACGCUUGAAAGCCUUCUUGACAGAAAACGAGGAGGGAAACAAGCAGGUGGAUGAUGGAGAAUCGUCUCCAAAACAAGACAAGGAUACAGACAGCGAAGAAAAGCCUUCCAGUAAAUUAGGCUCACCUGAGAAUCCCCUUGUCGCCGCCUAUCUCGCACGGCAGGCUGAGGCAUUAGAAGCUCAAAGAAGAGAAGCAGAACGUCUUCGAAAGGAAAGCGAAGGGGAAGGACACGCUGCAGAGUCUGAGGAAGUGUCAUCACAGAGAAAAUCUCGUCGAAUACAGCAAAAGAAUUCUGAGUCAGAAGGACAGAAACCCGAAGCAGACGGCGAAGAAGAGGAGAGCCCUGAUAACGAAAUGAGUACUGCAAAAAAGAUUGAUGAAGCUGAGGAAAUGCCUCAGAAAAGUAACCGACCUACGAGAGGAAAGUCUCCUAGUCAUCAGCCGAACAAGGAGAAGUCGUCGAGUCCCCCACGAAAGGAAAGAACUCCAAGUCGAAGCCCACCGAGAAAAGAAGGAUCUUCCAGCCCUCAGUCUGAUGGAAAUAAGUCUGUCAGCCCGUCUGAUAGAAACGAGGUUCAAAGUUCACCGGCAGAAGAAGGGAGUGUGAGUCCACCAGCGGAGAAAAGAAGUGAGAGUCCACCUCCGAAAAAAAGGAGUGUGAGUCCACCACCGAAAAAAAGGAGUGUGAGCCCACCAGCGAAAAAAAGGAGUGUUAGUCCGUCGGUGAAAAAGAGAUCUUCUAGUACAGAAAGACAAAUAAAAGCCUCAGAGCAUGCCGAUGAAGUCGAAAUCAAUGAAGAAGGAAGCGAGAGGACAGCCAGCGCUGAUGGGGAACCUGAGGAAGAUAAACAUUCGGAAGGUGAUGACAGCACGCAGCAUUCUCGCAAUAGUGAGACAGCAAGGGAAAGAAAUGCGAAAACUCCUGAGAAGCAUGCAGAGAAGGUGGAACGAGACAAGGAUCAAGAAGAUCAAUCGAAAACCAAAGCAUCUGCUGCGAAAUCAGUGGAACAAAAUGGGAGCGGUGAUGAUGGGGGUGGUGGAGAACAUCUAGAGGAAUUAGACUAUGGAGAAGCCGAAGUUGAAGGUGACGCAGAGACUGAUGAUAAAGAGACAAAGGAUGAAGUUCUGGAACUAGAUGAAUCGGAGGAGCGCGAGAUUCGCAAGCAAAAACGACGUCCAGCUACUGAAACGGAUUCAUCACAUGAACAUGGAGGAAAGAGAAGGAAAGUGUCACCGUCAAGGCAUCCGGAAUCUGACAUUAUUCAUAUACGUGGCCUCACGAGGCCUUUCACUGAUCGUGCGUUGAAAGCGGAAAUAUUGAAAAGUGGUGGCCAAAUUGUUGACUUUUGGAUUGACAGCGUUAAGAGUCAUUGCAUCGUUCAGAUGCAAUCAAUCGAUGAAGCUCGAGAAGUUCGAAUCGCGAUGCAUAAUACGCAGUGGCCAAUCGCAAACCCGAAGACUUUAUCUGUACAAUUUGAUACGAAAGAGAAUUUAGAGCGGCAUCGUUCUGGAAUGUCAUCUGCUGCCUCUUCCUCAACAUCUGCCCCCGCCGCACGCGUCGACCGAAAGCUAUCUGAGCGCGAGAGGCCGGUUAUUGGGCAUCUUCCGGGGCGAAAUCCUAGCUUAAAAAUUACGGUUGAGGCGGCAGUGCGAGAAAAUGAAAAACGUGAGGAGACUAAAGAAAGGGAAAGGAGAGAGCGUGCACGUGCAGAAAGGCACGCCGAUAGUCGUCGUGAGAAGGACAAGGACGAGAAAGUUGAGAAAAUUGAAGAGAAAAAACACAGUGAAGACAAACAUGCCCUUAAGAAGGACGAACACGAGAGGAAACGGCAACGCUCAGAAACUCCCCCAUUCAGUCGCGCAGCAUUAGAAAAGCGUGAACGACGAGAUGUAGUGCCUUCGCACGAUCGUGAUCGUGAACGUGAUCGUGAUCGAGGACGUGACCGUGAUCGCGAUCAUGACAGAAGGCGUAGCAACGAAGACAGAGCCAGUCGACAUCAAGAACCUGAAAAGGAGAAAGAACGAGAAGAAAAACCAGCCCAAGAACGACAAGAAAAGUUACUGGCGGAGAAGAGAAAGCGUGAGCAAAAGGAACAGGAGCGUGAAAAAGAGCGAGAGAAAGAGAAAUCACGU